AUGGUGCUGCUGUGCUCAACACCGCCGGCUCCACUGCCUGUGGACGUGGCUGCGACUCGCCCGCUGGUUCAGGAGGUGACUAUGUCUGCUGCUGCCCGAAAGCAUGUUCGUGUUUUGGCGGGCAGCACCUAUGGACGCUGCGUGCUGGGACUUGCUGGAUUCUUGACGAUUGCGACAGAACACCUAGCUGCAUUUGUCAAGCAAAUGUAUGGAGAUGUAGGCGAAGAUGACCUCAAGAUUGUGCACGAAAUUUUGCUCCUGCUUGCUGAGACGGUUGUCGAUGAGGAUAAUGCUACGUUUAUCGCUCGUAUCGGAGCUCACCCAUUGCUGAUGCGUCUAAUGGAGCACGACAACGAAGAGAUCCAGGAGGCCGCAGCAGAGGUCGUCACGGCGUGUACGAGCAGUCCAUCGGCUAUCACAUUCCCGCACCGUGUGCGUCAGGUUGGAGAAGUGCAGCUCCUGUGGCCUCGUGCAGUGCCGUUGCCUUUCGACCCUCGUGAUAAUGUUCCCAAGAAUGCUGACGGCACCCAGGGCACUCUUAAUGUGCUUAUUCGUCAGGUGCCAACGCGUAUGACUGGCCAGAGGAAGACUGGAUAUCUUCUAUGGGGUGCAGCUUUUGUGCUGGCGCGUUGGAUUCACAAACACCGCGAUCUGUUCGUGGGCAAGAGUGUGCUCGAAGUGGGCAGUGGCCUUGGACUUGGAGGCAUUACAGCAGCUCGAUACGCACAGAACACCACACUCACGGACUACCAGGCCGACACAUGCACGGCGCUCGAGUACAAUGUGCAACUUAACAAACCGUUCACGCACGAGUACGACCCAUCGAAGCCUGAUGUCAAGGUUUCGCUGCUGGACUGGGACCUCACCAAAAGUAUUGAGGCUGUUCCCAAGGCGGAAGUUGUGAUUGCCAGCGAUAUUAUCUGCGAGCCAAGCACAGCUGAAGGAUUUCUGCGCGUUGUGCGCCACCACGUCCUGAGCAACCCCAACAGCGUGGCCUACCUCAUGAAUGCCAACAGCCACAGUCGCUUCGGUGUCGUUCACCUGCACGCGCUGCUGGCUGCGAGCACGGAUCUCUCCUACAGUAUCACACCAGUAGACGAGCUUCCUGACGGCGCUGAGCUUCUUGAGACUGUCAGCGAUGCACAAGAGCUGUCGUACGAAUUCUACGAGAUCCGUGCUGCCUCGAGCUAG